AUGUCAGCUGCUAUUAUUUCUGUGGCACCUCGGGCUAUAAAUUUGCAACGCCCCAGGAAAAUACAUUGCAGCAAAACAAGCAAUUAAAUCGGAGCAGGCCUCCCCCCGUAUACCCCGUAGCAUACCCGUAGCCGAACCCGGGACGAUCCAGGGACCAAGGACCAAGGACCAAGGACCAGGUCCUGCUGCUGUGCUAUAAACCUAUUUUGAAUAAUUAAAAUACCGUAAGUGCUGCAGUCGAAGAAGUUGGCCAGAAGCACAAGCACAAGCACAAGCAGAAGAAUAAGUUGUUGCACAAGAAGGAAAAGUAUAGGCCACGCGGUAGCAACAAAACGAGAACGAGGUAGCAGCGGGCCAGGUGGCCAAGAAGGAGUCCAUUCUUGCAACACAAUCUGCGGCCGUGCAAAAUCGUGUGCAGCAAUGAAAUAAUUAAUUCAAUGCACCUGACUAAGCCUUGUGGCAGCAACAGUAGAAGCAGCAGCAGCAGCAACAACAGCAACAAAGGAGGCGCCAUUGCAAAUACAUUCCAUUCCAGCAAAAGCAGCAACAAAAUGGCGAGGAUAACGCGAACAAUUAGCCCACAAAGACACCAUAUCCACCAGAGGAGCCUGCCCCACACACUGCUCCUGGCCGUGGCAGCCAUCGCUCUGUUGCAACUGCAGCACUUGGAGAGCGUGUCGGCCCAAAGCAUGAUGACGAAGAACGAGCCCAUGUUUAUAUCACGUUCGGAGACCUUCAAGUUUAUCACCGGCGAGACAAUAGUGCUGCCAUGCGAAGUGGCCAAUACGGACACCUAUGUUGUGGCCUGGAAGCGGGGUAUCGCCAUAUUAACCGCUGGUUCCGUGAAAGUGACGCCCGAUCCACGCGUGCGCCUGGUCAAUGGCUUCAAUCUGCAGAUACGUGAGGCCCUGCCAACGGAUGCCGGCGAUUAUAUUUGCCAAAUUGCCACGAUGGAUCCACGGGAAAUCACCCACACUGUCGAGAUAUUGGUGCCACCGAGGAUUCAUCACAUUAGCACCGGCGGACAUUUGCAAGUCAAGAAGGGCUCCUCGGUGCGCAUCGAGUGCUCGGCCACUGGUAAUCCAAUGCCGAAUGUGACCUGGAGCCGCAAAAAUAAUAUUUUGCCCAAUGGCGAGGAGAAGCUCCACUCGCACGUCCUCUCCAUCGAGAACGUGGACCGGCACAAGGGCGGCGUCUACAUAUGCACGGCGAACAAUCGCGUCGGCCAGCCCGCCUCCAGCCAGGUGGUGCUCCAUGUCCUAUAUUCGCCAGAAAUCGCAGUGGAGCGUCCCGUUGUCUUCUCGGGAGAAGGGCACGAGGCCAUGCUGGUCUGCAUCGUCCAUGGCGAAACACAGCCUGAGGUAAUUUGGUUCAAAGACACCAUGCAACUGGAUACCACGGAGCGGCACAUCAUGGAGACGCGCGGAUCCCGGCACACGCUGAUUAUACGCAAAGUGCAUCCGCAGGACUUUGGCAACUACUCCUGUGUGGCCGAGAAUCAGCUUGGCAAGGCACGCAAGACUCUCCAGUUGAGCGGAAAACCGAAUGUAGCCGUUUUUAAUUCACCGCCAAUCAGUCAGUACAAGGACAGAUACAACAUCUCCUGGGCAGUCGACUCGCACUCACCCAUCGAGGAGUACAAGCUGUCCUUCCGCAAGCUGCCACAAGGACAUGAGGUCGUUGGCAAUGCCAUUGACUCGCAAUCGUCUUCGUCGUCGUUGUCGUCAUCGCAGUCCUCCUCCUCGUCGCAGAUGUACGGCUCUGGUCUCCACUCGCAUCACAUGGGCAGCAACAUCGGCGGAGUCGGCGGCGCCGGCGGAGUUGGAAUGGGCAGCUAUGCCGGCUACGGCAAUCUGAUGCACUGGGGACGGAACGACUGGCGCAAUGUGGUCCUGCCGGCCAUACCCGUGUCGCAUCACUAUUCGCAGGGCAUGAGCUACAUGGUACGCGGCCUGGAUCCCGAUCAGCACUACGAGGCCACCGUGCAGUCCAGGAAUCGUUACGGCUGGAGCGAUUUGACCAACAGUUUUGUCUUCUCCACAUCAUCGAAUGAUGGACCUGUCGAUCUGUCCACCUUUUUGAAUCACGGUCUGUCAGAUAACGAGAUGCGCGAUCUGAGUGUCACCUUCUAUGGGAGCAGUGCCAUCAAUAGGCAGAAACUGGGACUCCUGGCCCUGAGCUCGGCCACGCUGAUCCUCAGCCUUGUUCUGGCCUAAAUUCGAUUAUGAUUUGCUUUCGACCUAAGUUACGGAUCUCACCGCCAAUAGCAGUAAAGCGUAUCGUUUGGGAUUUUGAUUUUGCGGAAUGCAGCAGAAGGAUACACUCUAGUCGUAAAUGGUAGCCUAAGGAAAGAUAUAUAUAUGUAAACAUAAUUAUAGACAUUCCUGCUACGAUUUCUCAUUCUUCGAUUCAAGAUUCUCAAGCAACAAAACAAAAACAAAAAAAAAACGAAAAACCAAUUUCAAAUUUAAAUCAUGACUAACCAAAACGGAAUAAGGAACCAUACAUUCUACGUGUAACAAUCAAUGUAAAAGAGCAUAGAACUGUUCAAACUAGGAACCAUUUAUGCAUACGGAAAACUAACGAAUGAAUACACCCAUAAGAAUACACUCAUACACACUCACAAACUCAGUCACAUUCGCAUUUGCAGACCAUUCGAGCACUCAGAAAUCCAAGUGUAUAUAGAUUUUAUUGCAUACUUUUAGGCUUAAGCUGCACCAAAGAAAUAAUAUAAUAUACAGU